CAUCUCUUUCCCCAGCGCCCCCCCCCCUCUACACCCAAUAAACAAAACCUCGUAGACAGCUGUAACAUGGGUCUGCUAAAUACCGCAGUCGUUGGUACAAUUGGUGCUGGUGUUGCCGUGCUCCUUACCCCUGUACUUCUGGGUGCCGCUGGCUUCACCGGGGCAGGAAUCACCGCUGGGUCCUGGGCUGCAGGCAUGAUGUCAGCAGCUGCCGUAGCGAACGGAGGUGCGGUGGCAGCGGGCACCACAGUGGCCGUGUUGCAGUCAGUAGGUGCGGCUGGUCUGGGGGCAGUGGCUACUGCUGCAACUGCUAGUGCAGGAGCAGCAGCUGCACUGGCUCUGAAAGAGGCUCUAGAAUCAGCUGCAACUUAAUCGAUAUGCUCCCCUCUUGUCAAACAGAUUUCUUAAUUAGGUUUUAGUUAUUUGCAAUGGGC